AUCUCUUUCACCUUUGCUGGGGGUUCUUUCUCUUUGCCACCUUUGAACCUUCCUUGCAAAAAACAAAGAUCAGGUCUACUGACCGCUAUUUCCCUUCUUCAGCUUGGCAGGAGUCUCCUUCUUUUGCUGCCCCUAGAUAACUGGGGGGGGGGGAGCGAUGUAAGGCCCGUAAACCCGAUUAUUUUCUUUAACCCUGUUGCUCCUGCUUCCCUUUCCAAGGGAGGGAACAGCUGAGAAGCCAGUCCAGAGGGUCACCCACAUACGACCUCCCUGGGGGCUGCGAUGCCCGGGGCUCCUGCUUUGCAGAGGGAGGGGGGAGGAGCCCGGCUCGCCCAGGGUUAAAAGGAACUGAGCUGGAUUCCUAGAGAGGACAGGAAAUAAGGGGGGAGGACGAGGCCCCCUCCCGCCCCCCCAUUUCCUCUCUUCCAGGGGGAGGUUUUCGUCUCCUUUGCAAGAGCUGCGUCGGUGGCACCUUUGGGAUCUUGAUUUGCCAAAACCUCUCAUUAGGACAGGCAGAACUUGGCAGAAGACCAAAGGAUCCUUCCGAUCUCCUGGAGGUGUCAAGAGAACAGAGAUGGAUGAGCAAGACUCAGCUGGCCCUGAAGCAGGAAGAGGCCUUGCAACACAGCAUGGGAGCAGUGGGGGAUUCUGGGAAAACACUGUGAAGAAGGAACUGGGUGAGGAGGACACCCUCCGCUCAGAGGUGCAGAGCCAGCAGCUCAGGCAGUUCUGCUACCAGGAGGCCAAAGGACCCCGAGAGGUUUGCAACCGACUCUACCACCUUUGCCAUCAGUGGUUGAAGCCAGAAAGGCACACGAAAGCUCAGAUGUUGGACCUGGUGAUCUUGGAGCAGUUCCUGGCUGUCCUUCCUCUGGAGGUGGAGAGCUGGGUGAGGGAAUGCGGAGCGGAGACCACUUCCCAGGCGGUGGCCCUGGCCGAAGGUUUCCUCCUGAGUCAGGCAGAGGAGAGGAAGCAGGCAGAACAGCAGGGGAAGGAUCUGUUAGCAGAAAUGGGUCCGGAUUCCUCUGAGGCAGAGAAGACUCCCUUGGACGCCAGAGAGAGGCCUCUGGGAGACGGAACGAGGCCAGCAAGACCUGCUUGUCCAUCUUUUCUUGGUGGCGGAGGGGAAGCUGCCCCUGUGGACCCAGAGCAGGGUCCAGUGUGCUUUGAAGAUGUGGCUGUCCAUUUCACAGACGAGGAGUGGGCGUUGCUGGAUCCUGACCAGAGAGCUCUCCAUAAGGAAGUCAUGGAGGAGAAUCGUCGGAUCUUGGACUCUCUCGUUGCAGGUGAUGAUGAAUUGGAGAAGGAGAAUGAGGGAGACCGCGACAAAAGCCAAACAGUGGGGAAGUCAUAUCCAUAUUCAGAGUACGGAGAGAUCUUCAGCCAGAGCUCCCAUUCCACUUCAAAUCAAAGAAAUCCCCUUGAGAAUAAACGCCAUCAGUGCUUGGAAUGUGGAAAGAGCUUCCUUCACAGAGGCCUUCUCAAUGUCCAUCAGAGAAUUCAUACAGGGGAGAAGCCAUAUCAGUGCUCAGAAUGUGGGAAAAGAUUCACCCAGAGUGCCCAUCUCACAACCCAUCAGAGAAUUCAUACAGGGGAGAAACACUAUCAGUGCUUAGAAUGUGGAAAGAGAUUAAUUGACAGACGCCAGCUCACUGUACAUCACAGAAUUCAUACAGGGGAGAAACCCUAUCAGUGCUUGGAAUGUGGAAAGAGAUUCAUUGACAGACGCCAGCUCACGGUCCAUUACAGAAUUCAUACAGGGGAGAAACCCUAUCAGUGCUUGGAAUGUGGAAAGAAAUUCACUCAGAGAGCUAAUCUCACAACCCAUCAUAGAAUUCAUACAGGGGAGAGACGUUAUCAGUGCUCAGAAUGUGGAAAGGGCUUCAUUGACAGACGCCAGCUCACUGUCCAUCACAGAAUUCAUACAGGGGAGAAACCCUAUCAGUGCUUGGAAUGUGGAAAGAGCUUCACUGAUAGACGCACGCUCACUGACCAUCAGAGAAUUCAUUCGGGGGAGAAGCCGUAUCAAUGCUUGGAAUGUGGAAAGAAAUUCACCCGGCGCACCCAACUCACAACCCAUCACAGAAUUCAUCAGCGGAUAAACCCUAUCAGUGCUCAGAAUGUGGAAAGAGCUUCAUUGACAGAAGCCAGCUCACUGUCCAUCAAAGAAUUCAUGCAGGAGACAAACCCUAUCAUUGCUUGGAGUGUGGAAAGAGAUUCAUUGCAAAGGCCAAACUCACAAUCCAUCAGAGAAUUCACAGUGGGGGGAAACGAUUUCAGUGCUUGGAAUGUAGAAGGAGCUUCAGCCACAGGGCCCGUCUCGCUUCCCAUCAAUGAACUCACAUUGGGGGCAAUCUAUAGUAGUGGCUGUAUACAGAUUUAAUUUUAGGAGACUUUAGUUCAUAUGAGGAGAGGAUUGCAGCUGGGUUCUUUGCCACAUCAGGUGCCCCAUAGUUAGCUACUACGUACCCAGAGCUGUGACUUGCAAGUCCUUGGCCAAGCUUUUUAAUAUCUUCUUCACAGUGUCCUUUCUCUUGGCAGAUCAAGAUGAGCCAAGGUUGCAAGGUUUUUAGCUGGGGCAAUUAGAAUAAGAUCCACCGUUUGAUUAUUUACUCAAAACCCUUAAAAGUAUGUUAUAUAACUGACUUUUUAUUUUUAUUUUUUGUCUAUCAUAUUCUUUUAUUGCUAUGGCCGGUGGCUGACCCAAAUUAUGAUUUAUUCAUUCCUUCAAUAGCUUCUUCACGUCAUGACUUGGGAGAGGGAUAAGAGUGAUUGGGCGACACUGGUGAGGUUGCUAUCCCUGCUGAGCUUUCCUAUGAAGGACUUGGUGUAAAAAUUUUGAUAAUUGAUUGAAUAUUAUAGAUUUUGAUUCUGUUCGAAGUGUCCUAGUAUGAAUUGCAUUUAGCCUUUUUGAUAGAAUGCAUUGGGCUUGACUUUUGUAUGCCUGCAUUUUGUAAUCUUCAUGCCACCCUCCUGCUCUGUGUAAAGCUGUGAUGUGUACAUUUCCUACAGCCUCCAUCCUUAUCAGACCCUAGAAGGGCAGAUGAUGUUUUGGGAAAGAGGUCUGUGUUGCGCUAGCAUCCAUGUGAGAACUCACAUCUCUCCUCAAAGGUCUUUGACAUGUUUUGGGAACAGGAAAGUAAGAUAGCAGAUAGAAAUGUCAACAGUCUCAUGGAAGUCCUGGUUGCCAUGGGCAUGGUGUCAAAGUGAGACAUAUGAGACCCAAAUGACCUGGGCACUCUGGGACACCCCAAGGUAUUUUCAGAGGAGUCAAUAUUCACAUUGAGCCACGCGUCCCAUGACCUGUGACCUUUCUUGAUUCAAGUGGAUGAGCGUUGUGGCAUUUUAUGGGUCUUUGUGUGCUGUGUAGAUAAACUUUCUUCUAAUGUGCCUCCUGGCAGCCUUUUCAAACUAUCCGUUCUGCUGAACAACUGGUUAGGAAGGCUGUUCUAUUUGAAUAAAUUGGGUCCCUGCAAGA